GAGUGAUACCGUCGAUGAUUACCGUACAUUUAAGCAAGUUAUGAGAAAAUAGGCAUAAUACAACAAUAAUCCUACGACGCAGAAUAUAUGUACAAAGUUGAGCUUCUUUUUCUAAAAUAGAACAUUUACACAUUGUGGUUACUAUAGCUACACCAAUCAGAUGUGUGGAUAAACUCUUCCUCGGUUUAUUUUUCCAAUCGUAUAAUCAUUCAGCCAAUGGGAUGGUACCGUAACUAUAGGGUCUGUGCUUUAACCAACUUGAGGAGAGACUUAAGUUCCAUAAAUCAUCUUACUAACUUGCGUUAAAAGCAUGUUGUCUUGACACCUUAGAUAAUGAAAUCUUAACGACUGAGAAAGACACUAGUUACUUAGAUUCCGAGUAACAGGCAGUAAUGUCGGCUACCUGCAGAUUAUAUGCCAAUGUAUUGCUCCUUGUGGCUAGUGUGUGGUUGCAAGUUUGUAUUGGAACAGCAAUACCAAUAAAUUACUACAAUGAAACAAACAACGCAAUAAGCUGCGCCGGAGAUAUGGAGCUAACAGCUUGCCAUCGGAACUGUGGCAUACAAACAACUUGUGAGGAGCUUUACUACGGAGAGAAUUUUUUAGGCGAGCGCAAUUGUGCAAGUGUUUGUCACCCAGGGUGCCAGUGCCCGCAGCGAAACGGUGAAGAUACCUACCUAACAUUUGAUGACAGGUGUGUGACGAAAUUUGAAUGCGGCUGCGUACAUCGGGGAGUCUUUCACGGCAUGAAUGAGCGGUUCUUUAGAGGUAGCUUGCUGUGUUCGUGUGAUAAAGGCAGAACGCUGUGCAACUCGAUAUUUGGCUGGUUAAUCGAAAAUAAAGCCACAGAAGUUUGGCCAGACGAUGGCUCUGCUAUGGAUUCAGAGAAAUCAUCUGUUCCCGAAUCGAUCAGCUUUGAAUUCUCAUCAUUAGAAUUCAGUAGCAACAGCGACGACGACGAAGCGUUUACAUUGAACAUGGACCGCCAAAAAUAGAUUUUAUGCCCUUUAUAUAUAUUCAAGCAGAAACCAAAGAUAAAAAUAAUGUGCUGAUUGCUAAUAUUAACGCCUAAAAAAAUUUAAUUUUAGUAGCUAAUAAUGAGUUAUAUCUAACAAAUGUUUUCAGAUGAUUCAUUUUUUUUCUAUUAAUAUUCAUUCAAUGCAUUAUAUAGCUUGUUGCUUAUGUUUUUAACGGUAUUUCCCAUAGAGGUUACAAGAUGUUUCUCUUUAAGAUCCAGCUUAUUCUUCUCAAGCCAAAGAUGAAGGAUACCAUAGUCAUCAAUGACCGUCUCGUAGUUAUGAGCAUUAAUACUACUGUAUUCCGUUUCGACGUCAGCAACGAUGAAAAACUUUUUUUUUUAUCGCUAAUAUUUUGGCACCACAGCACAUUAAUUAUGUUUGUUGAAUGCAUACUAAGCUAGAUGGACUCAAGACUGCGUUCGUUUUUAUGGAUGCAAAAGCGUAUCAAAGAUUUUGUGAAAGAUGUACUCUUAGAAGAGGUGCGAAGUUAUCCAAAUCUGAGAUAUUAAUUCAAGGCCUCACGUUCAGUGAUUGAUGAAUGUGUUAAUUCUAAAUGGAUGUUAUAAGAAAUGAAGAACAGUAUUUCCUUCCUGAAUAUGCUAUAUAUAUGAAUCUGAAAAUUUAAUGCCGUAUUUUAGACGCUAUCACAGAAACGCAUAACCUAGUAAAAAACAGAAUAUUUAUAAACGUUAUAAAGGCGGCAACUUUACGGAAUAAGAUUAAGAAGCUAUUAUUCAGACAACCAGUUCUACCGCUGAACUGUUGAGCUUUGUCUACAUUAUCAAAUUUCAUUUAAAAAAAAGCGUCCCAUAAAAUGUGAUGGAACAUAGAGUUGAACACGUUCAACUUUCUUUUAUACAAUUUGAUAAUAUGUGAUGAUGUCAUCGUACCCAAAUAAUGGGAACAUCAGAUUUUUUUUUUUGUCACAUAACAUUUGAUAGUGCAGACAAAGCUUAAUUGAUAUGUGCAGGCACACUUGAAAUAUUUGCGCAGUGGCGUAACGCCUAUGCGCUCUCAUGCGGCGGUCUGCAGGGACCCCGAAUUCUAGGGGCCCUGAAGGGGCCCUAUUCAUAGAUUCCUCGAUCUAACACCCUUACCAAAAAGGACUUUGUUGAUAAAUAACACCUUAAUGUAUCUCUGAAAUCGACUGUAGUUCAUAUAUCGUAUUAUAACGAUUAAAGAGAGGGCUCUAUUAUUAAAGAGUGUGGGGAGGGGUGGGGAGCUGCCGGCCUGGAGCCGCCGGCCCGGGACCCCACUAAAUUUGUCAAAAUAUUUUUUUAAAUUAAAAUGCAGAUAAAAAGAAAAUUAUAUUCACAAUUUUAUGUCUGUGAAGUGCCAUUUCCGGCCAUCUAAAGGUGCCAUAUUCAUAAAUUUUCUUACCUCCGCCCCAAUUAUGGUGGGUCUGAGGUGGUAUACAUUCUCCAACUCUGAAAGUCCGUCAAUGUCCUGGAUCCAUAUUAUAUCAUUUAUUCGUCGUUAAAAAAAUUUAGAAUAACAAUGCACAUCUAAAAUCCCACGAUGGAAAUGGUGACCGGGACCCAAAAAGGGCCCCCAUUUUCAGAAAUACACAGGGCUCCCAGCCCCAGCGUUACGCCACUGUAUUUACGCACGCGCGUGUGCGCAAGCGCGUCGCCAUACCUGCAGCUAAGUUUCCAUAGUAAACUCCAUCGUUUCAUAAUAAUCACAAAUGCACUUAGGCCUAGAUAAUAAAAGUUCCUAACUGUGAACACUAAGAAACAUGAAUUCGUGUAUCAAAAAUGUCAUCAUCUUUCUGGUUAUCAUUUUCGUAUCGACUUCAGGUUAGUUAUUGAAUGCAUAUUUAAAAAAACUUCUAUAAAUAUUCUAUGCUACAUAGACCUAGACCUAGGCUAUUUACAGCAGAGCCGACAAGCAAAUUUAAUCAAAUUUCCAGUCCUGAAUAUAAUGAAAAUGUGCAUUUAAUAUUUUUAAAAUCUAGAUAAUAUUACUAUUUAUAGUAGCAGAGAUAAUGAGGUGUAUUAACUUGAUAUAAUAUCAUAGAUUAUUCCCAUGUUUUAUGUUGGCUCCUUCUAUCCAUAGACUAUAUUUAUUUUGUUGGUCCUAUAUCCAUGAUUAUAAUUUAAUAACAGCAUUAUUGUAUUGCUUAUAGUGGUAAAGAUGAUCAAGAUGUUAGCAUUUUUGUUUGUAAAUAAAAGCAUUAUAUUUUAGUAGUCAUGUGAGAAUAAACUAUAGUUUUA